CCUUCCGCCAAUCAGAUGCGAGGAUAAGGCUCCGACAACAAACAAAAGAUCGAGGCUGUUAGAGACUAAGACUUUUCUCAUCCCUUAGCUAAAAACGUUGCUUGACACUUUGAUCCGACCUCCAUCUCGCCUUGUAUUCACAUGCUUGUCAUCCGGCGUGGCAGCGUGUCUUCUUCCAGUGACUGUCUCCUUUGUCUGCUGAUGUCAACCUGAGUAGUUUUGGAACGAUCGCUUUGCAUUUGGUGGCUAAGCUAACGUUAGCCAGGCUAGCUGCUAAGGCUAACCAGCUCUGGCUGCUUCUCUGCGGCCAGCGGAGCCAGUUAGCAUCGCCCGCUCGCUAGCUCGCUUUGCUGCCCGAACUUGACGGACACAGGAAGCGGUGGCUUGCUGGUCGACAAGCCGCUCUUUAACGAACAUUGUGUCGUCGCCAUGUCGGGACAGUCUUCCGGCUCCAGCUUCCUCAUGUCAGUGGUUGUCCACGGAGACUCGGCUCUCAACGAGCAGGAAAAAGAGCUCAACCAGCGGCUGCGACGGCUCUACCCAGCCGUCAACGAGAACGAGACCCCGCUGCCUCGCUCCUGGAGCCCCAAGGACAAGUUCAGCUACAUCGGGCUGUCCCAGAACAACCUCCGUGUGCACUAUAAAGGUCAUGGCAAGACCCCGAAAGACGCUGCGUCCGUCCGGGCCACUCACCCCAUCCCAGCGGCGUGCGGCGUCUACUACUUUGAGGUGAAGAUCAUCAGCAAAGGCCGAGACGGGUACAUGGGCAUCGGCCUCUCCGCUCAGGGUGUCAACAUGAACAGACUUCCUGGUUGGGACAAGCACUCUUACGGUUACCACGGAGACGACGGCCACUCCUUCUGCUCUUCUGGUACCGGGCAGCCGUACGGGCCCACAUUUACGACGGGUGACGUGAUUGGCUGCUGCGUCAACCUCAUCAACAACACUUGCUUCUACACAAAGAAUGGACACAGCCUCGGCAUCGCCUUUACAGACUUGCCACCCAAUUUGUACCCGACCGUGGGCUUACAGACUCCAGGAGAGGUGGUGGACGCCAACUUUGGCCAGCACCCAUUUGUUUUUGACAUCGAGGAUUACAUGCGCGAGUGGAGGACAAAGAUCCAGGCGCAGAUUGACCGCUUUCCCAUCGGAGAGCGUGAGGGCGAGUGGCAGUCCAUGAUCCAAAAGAUGGUGGCGUCCUACCUAGUUCACCACAGCUACUGUGCCACCGCCGAAGCCUUCGCCAAGACCACCGACCAGGCUGUGCACGAGGAGCUGGCCUCCAUCAAGAACCGACAGAAGAUCCAGAAGCUGGUGCUGUCAGGUAGGAUGGGCGAGGCCAUUGAGACCACUCAGCAGCUCUACCCUAACCUCCUGGAGAGGAGCCCAGACCUGCUUUUCAUGCUCAAGGUCCGACAGUUCAUUGAGAUGGUGAACGGGACAGACAGUGAGGUGCGGUGUCUGGGAGGACGCAGCCCCAAAUCUCAGGACAGUUACUCCGGUUCGCCUCGCCCCAUCAGCAGCCCCACCCACAAAGCUGGCAGCUCACAGUCCUCCUACCUGACAGGCUUUGACAGUAACUGCUGUAACGGCGUGACGUCGAAUAAGAGCCAUAGCUCCUCCCCUCACAGUCACAAGCCCUGCCCCCCGGGCUCAGGCUCCACCCCCCCAGCAGCUGACAACAGUCUGAAUGGAAGCCACAGCCAGCCACCUGUGACCAGCAACGAUGUGGACAUGGAGGUAGACCAUUUCACCAACGGCGUUACAGAGUCGUCCUCCAACGGCUUCCUGAACGGCAGCUUCAAACACGUGGCCGAUACCGACGACUGCGACGCAGACAUGGAGGUGGAGUCCGCACAGUCCAAGCGGCAGCUGUGUGGCGGCAGUCAGGCAGCCAUCGAGAGGAUGAUCCACUUUGGCCGAGAGCUGCAAAGCAUGAGUGAACACCUGCGCCGGGAGUGCGGGAAGAACUCUGCCAACAAGAAGAUGCUCAAGGAUGCCUUCAGCCUGUUGGCCUACUCGGACCCAUGGAACAGCCCGGUGGGAUACCAGCUGGACGCUAUUCAGAGAGAGCCUGUGUGCUCCACCCUCAAUAGUGCAAUAUUAGAGACCCACAACCUGCCCAAGCAGCCCCCCCUGGCCCAGGCCGUGGGCCAGGCCGCCCAGUGCCUCGCCAUCAUGGCACGAACAGGCAGCGGCUCCUGCGCCUUCGCCGCUGUGGACGAUUACCUGCACUAGCCCCACACUCACACACGCACGCACGCACACACACACACACACACACACAGUCCAGAAGUGUGCGCCCUCUUAGCCCCUGCCUCCUUUAUUUAGCAGUAGCUCUGUACUGUAGAAACCAUCUUGCUGGCGUCCUGUUCAGCUAUUAGCAGGCUAAAAGGAUCAGGAGGUGUUUCUGGACACACACACAUUAUAUAUUAUAUAUAAAUAUAUAUAUAUAUAUAUAUAUGCACACACAGCCUCCCUUUACAUGGUAAAUAGAAACCAGCCCCAUUUCCUCCUCACUGACUGACAGCGUGAUGACAGCCAAGCGUCACUAAACUUAAUAUCAACCAAGAGCCCAACAUGGCUGCGGCCAUCAGAAUCAUCCCUCCUGUCCUCUCAAAGAAGAAAACAUGCGUGGCAUCCACGGCUGACCGCCAUCUUGCUCUGUGAAUGUGGACCACAAGGUGGUUAGACGCCUCUUUGACGUGGACACUUCCUGUCCAUUUUAUUUUUGUAUCAAGUUGUUUUGAAGGGGGCGUCAUGUGGGAGUGGGCUCCAUGACUUUAGUUUGUGCAGGUUUACAGUGUCGCCUAUAUGAAUAAAUACUUACAUUCAGUUUGUGUUGAGCUCCAGCAGGCUCCACCCACUUAUGCUAAUAAAGGUCGAGAUCACGACA